CGAAAGGAAGAAUCCGAAGCCAAAAGGGAGAGAGAGAGAGAGAGAGAGAGAGAAAUGGUCCAUCUCAUCUUGACAGGGGCAACUGGCCUUGUCGGUUCGGCCGUCCUCUCGCACAUCUUGUCCUUACCGGCCAGCGCGACCCCGAGCAUCACUCGACUCAGCAUCCUUUCACGAAACCCGGACAUUUCGUUGUUGUCGGACCCUCCGCCGACCGGGAUGCCGCCCCGCGCCAACAGACACACGACCAUCGAGGUCAUCGAGCACAAGGAUUUUGGGAAUUACCCUUCCGAGUUGCUGGAUCGCCUCGGUGGCGCCGACGCUUGUAUAUGGGCUCUAGGGGUGAGUCAGAAUGACGUGCCCAAGGGAAAAUAUGUGGAAGUCACAAAGGACUAUACCAUUGCCGCCGCAAAAGCUUUUGCUGGACUCAGAGGAGGAAUCAACGCCAGCACUGACGAUGGUGGUGACGGCGGCCAGGCAGGGAAUGACCUCUCCUCCCAAAAAUUCAAAUUCAUCUACGUGUCAGGUGAAGGUGCGACACAAACACCGGGACGAUUCACUCCCCUGUUCGGUCGCGUCAAGGGAGAGACCGAGACCGCAUUGAUAAACCUGGCCAAGGCACCGAGUCUGAGGGGGAGGUUGGGCGUUUAUUCCGUCCGACCUGCCGGGGUGGACGGUACCAACCAACCUUGGAUAUGGAAAAAGAUCAUGAGGGACCAACGGUCUCCCUUUCAGAGCGUCAUGCUCAAGAGUCUCCUCCCCCCGAUUCGAGUUCUGGGAAAGGAAAGUUGGUUGAGUCCCACGGAAGAGUUGGGGAGGGUAUUGGUGGAGAUGGCCCUGAGUGAAAAGGACGACGGGUACCGAGGGGAAGGGGUGUCCGGGGAAGACGGGAGGAUCUUGGGAAACGUCGUUUUGAGACGACUGGGGAGAGAGGGACGACGAGAGUGAUGAGUUUUGUAACAAGAGGUGGAAGAACAGAACAAGUCACAAUGUGGGAAGGAAGAAUCCCUGAGAGUUGAAGUGUGAAAUUAGGUAUGUACGAUUGAUGUACAAGUUGUAGGUUUGUGACGAGGCUGAAGAGGAAGAUUGAGCUGGUGAGUGAGAGAGACCGGGGAAGAAGGGAG